CUGUGUUUGACAGUUGACAUAUUUUAUAACCUAUGUUAUCAAUAUCUUCAACGUAAUCAACAAUUCUAAGAUCAGAUAUAAAAGGGGGCUCAUAAGAUAAUAACAACGUUUUUUAUCCAAACACCACCCUAUAACUCCCUACAAAGUGCAGAGUGUCCUUUUUGAAAGUAUUUAAACCAUCCAAAUAGAAUGGCUUCAGACGGCGAAGAUAUGAUCACUGAUCAAGAGAAGGUCCGUAUAGUAUCAGAUUUCAUCUUGCAUUCGCCUCCAGGAGAGUUCAACGAGGUCUUCAAUGACGUGCGGAAGCUAUUGAACAAUGAUGACCUGCUGAAGGAAGGGGCCAGCGGAGCUUUCGCCCAGUAUAACAAGGACCAGUUGACGCCUGUUCGAAUUGAAGGGGCAGACAGUCCAGUGCUCAUCACCGAGUACAACGAUUUGGGGAAUAGCAGGUUCUAUGAUCCCAGGAGUAGACAGAGCUUCAGAUACGAUCACCUGCGCAAAGAGGCCUCCGACUACCAGCCUUAUACACCUGAUGCAACAGCUGAACCUUGGCGAGCGGCCCUCGACGCCGAAUUCAUCCAGUACACCCGCAACCACUACAGAGACGGCGUGUGCUGCGUGUUCGGCCGCACCCAAAACGGCAUGACAACGGUGACGGCGUGCAUUGAGGAUCACCAGUUCCAGCCGAAGAACUACUGGAACGGCCGUUGGCGGUCAGUGUGGCAGGUUACGUUGGAAGGUGGUAGCACGGCAGAACUGCGCGGGAUACUGAAGGUCCAGGUGCAUUAUUAUGAAGAGGGGAAUGUUCAGUUGGUGAGCACAAAAGAGAUAAAAGAAUCGGUCCCUAUCCGAAACCACAGUCAAACGGCCAAAGACGUUGUCGCGGCGAUCGAGACAGCGGAAAACCAAUACCAAACGGCGAUCAGCGACAACUACCAGACGAUGUCUGACACGACAUUCAAAGCGCUGCGACGAUUACUGCCCGUCAUCCGCACCAAGAUGGACUGGAACUCGCUUGUAUCCUACAGCAUCGGCAAGGAGUUGAAGACGCAAUGAUCCGAGGGCGAAUGCUAACCUGGCAACGGCGGAGGAUACCUGCGGAUGGGAUGAGAAUUUUGAUACUGGGGUGCGUCUAUCUUUGCUGAAUAUGGCAGUUGUCGAGUGAACAAACAAUAUCACUUUCUAGAUCUACACUAUCUACCCUCAAUAAACAUAAACAAGGAAAGACGUUAAACUAUGAUUACUUAUACUGGCACCACGCUAAGAAAAUAUUUAAUUUCUGUCUGAAGAUAGGCGAAUGCUACGCGUUCGAUAUUGUGAUAUUUGUUGAGUAUAUUCCAUAUGUAUUUAUUGGUGUAUAAGGCUAUGUAGAACCACUGAUACUGACGGAUCCAUCAAUACAUUUUGAUGAUAUAGAUCACAAUAAAUACUGAAUGUUUGACACAGCUUUAAUGGAUAUUUCAACCAAUAGAUACCUGCUGACAAUGCUAAUGUGUAUUGUUGCCAGUUGCCUCACAUCGCCAACUUAACGGUCAAGUGUACUUUGAGGCUAUAGCUACAGGUACUUGUAAGGACAAAUCUUUUUACAACCGAUUUAUUCGUAGAACCAGGAAGGAGAACAUCAAAUAGACUAUGCGGAUACUCAUCCAGCGUUUUGGCAUCAGCCAGUGCCGAUAAAGAAUGGCUGAAUGCGCUGAAGAGCAUCGUCAAUUCCGUACAUUUAGCGUCCGUAAGAUACCAUUGAAACGUCAUAAUCUUGAUCAUAAUGUUAACAUUCAUAGGUCAGAACUGGCCAUCUAAAAAGAUGUCCAACGCCAUACAUCAGAUAAAUUUUACCUUGACUUUUGCAAUGGCGACAGCACGCGAUCAAAUUGAAGCAAAAUGAAGUUUUGAGGUGGAUUGAUGUCUCACAUCUUACAUACUGUCUGGAAUAACUUGGAAAGCUUUCUGUUCCAUAGUUACAUUGAUUCAUCCCAGUUCACAGUGUAGCCUCCACCAAACGCCACCAUGCACUAGAUUGUUGGUUAGAACUUUUUAUGUGAAUAAAAGUUAUCUUUGUAUAUGAAUAUAAGGUUUAGACAUUCAAACACGUAUCUAUAAUGCAAAAUGAUUUUUUAUGCAAACUUUAUCAAUUUAAAUAAUACAUGAUUAUAAAAUUACGCUUGACGCUCAUAAAAAUAGCAUACGCAUAUAAUUAGGUAGUACAUAAGUAUACAAUAUUUAUUGAAAAGUGUAAAUAUAUGUGUGCACUAAUAAAAGAAAAAAUAUUUUCGUCAUAUUUUUUGUUGAUUGAGGCUCAACAUUCAUUGAAUUCAGCAAUCAUUAACUGAAUCUGCAGUUGUUCUUUUUUACAUUUGUACCAAAUUGGUAAACAUUUGGCAGUAUUAUCGCAUGAGCGUUUUGAUUGUAAUUCAUAAUAAUAUUGAUUGCAUUUAACCAGCGUGUUACUUUAUGUUUUUUGCAUUGAUUUACCUAUAUAUUAUUUUUAUACUAUAUGUAUGCCUUGAUAAUGUAUUAGUAUUAUUUUUAUAUAUUCCCAUAAAAUAUAACCUAAACUGUGCAAUAUUUUGCACUGUUAUACUGAUGUAUGUUAUAUUUUACUGACCCUGAAGAGUUUUUAUACACGUAGCUAUUUUUGUUAUAAUUCAACUGUUUCAGUUUUGCAAGUAGGCCAUACUGUUACAACGGACGCAUUCAGAGAAUUACAGAACUUUAAUGCCAGUGACCAUUAGAUGCAAAUAGCUGCUUUCAUGAAUUGCUGUCGUUUUCUGCAUGCGCCCAUUGUCUUUAGUAACACUGUUAUGAAAAAAAUACUGAAAUCUCUCAAAUUGUCACAAUGUCAUAAAUUUGAAUGGCGUCCAAACUUCAAACAUUUUUUAUUGGAAAUACUCCCUUAAUUGUGAUAUAAUAAUGACGCUAGGUUAAUAAUUGUCAAGAUUUCCUCAGACGUCAGUUAUUGCCACUUAUCGAUAUCUUUUUAAAAUUGAUAAUUUAUGUCUUGUUAAAGUCAAUUAUUGUAUGAGUUAUUUUUCAAUGAAGAUUUAUUUAUAAUAGUGUACAUUUUUUUAAUAAGUUCUUGUAUCAUAUUAGGUCACAUGUCAUUCGAAGUGAUUUGUCAAAGAAAAUGUUACUACAUGGAAGGAAUUCAUUUUUGACCUCUGAGCAAAUCACCUUAUGUGGUAUGAGACCUGCCGGACAACUAGUGCUUGUUAAAUCCCUUCUGUCAGUAUCACAUAGUGUCAGUUAUGAUAUGGCAUGAGGAUUGGGAACACUGAUCGAUGUAAAGGACAAUUGAUGUUUGCUCGCCUAGGACGAUUCAAGUAUUAUGUAAGGUGCUUAUUUUUGAUGACACGGGGGAUGGGGGUCGUUUUCGUGUUUUCUACAAGAUUUGGUUGAUUUUUAUUUGCCUGCUUGUCUAUUCUCGAAACCGAAACACAUCUUCAAGAAUUCUCCAAAUAUGGAUAUGCUUACUCGCUUUUAGAACCUUAGCUACAAAUGCUUCUAGUAGAUAUACCUUUUUGUUAUGAACUUGUAGAAAUAUAUUAGCAAAGGUACUGAGUUAGAUGUCGGGCGAGCCAGAUCCUCCUCAUUUUCCAGGCAUUAAAUAGAAUUCAGAACAUGUGCGUAAAAUCCGAUAUUUGCUUCAAAUCGUAAAAUGCAAGCAUGAAAGGCGAGAGGUAGAAGAUUGGCUUACUUUUGCUAACAAGGGGGGGGGGGGGACGGAGGGUAGGGUUUAUAAUUGCAAAUAUCUGCUUACGUAAUGCUUGAACGGCCCCCUAACCAAAAUUGUAAGCUUCGGACGCCAAUUUGCGUGGCGAACACUUGUUCUAAUUCUCUCUAACAUGAACGUCGCACAACACUUCCGUUUUCGACUAAACAUAAAAAAAGUUGAUAAGAUAUGGAUCCGCAGACUAACUAUAGUUGGCGGCUUGGGGUAGCACAAUAAAUGCUCACAUAUUCCCGGCCAGUUUCAAAAUCUCUGUCAAGUCAUAACCUUGUCUAACAGAGAGGGCCAUAGGAAAUUUGCUGGAACAAAUGUCAUUGAUAUGCAUCUCACCUAUGCGACAGACCAUCGCAGUAACACAAGUUCAGGCCUAAUUAAAGGUCACGUGGACAACUCUGACAAGCUUCUCUAAUAUUUAUAAUCUGUGAAAACCAAAAGUUCGGCAGAUUUGGCCCCACAGACAAGGUUAAAAAUUCGCUUUAAAUGAAGUAAUCUCAAAAUACUUUUCAGGGUCUUGUAAAACAAGGUUUAAACUUCAAUUUAGAUACUUGGCGACCUCAAAAAUUAUAAUUUUUAAGAGUUUUUACGCGUUGAAUAUACCAACCUUUAAGGCUUUGAAACAUUCGUUCGCUUAUAACUCGAAAAUGGUCAGCUCUAGAGAAAAGUUAAUGGACGUCUUUUUUGUUCAGGAUGAUCCAAAAAACCUGAACAAAUUUUAUUAAAAAAAAAACAUGUAAGCUAAAACUUUUCUUUAAAAGACUUUGAAGAGUAUUUAGAGAAUCGUAUAUUUUGAAUCGAGUUUUUUCAGGCCAAAAUUAGCGAACUUUUUUUCUCAGACUAUACACUAAUCAAUGUAGUACAUAAUUUACGUAUUCUAGGAAUUCGUGAUUUUUUAACAUUGCUUUGGAUAGAAACUAAAUCUCUGAAUAAAUAAGACACAUCCUAUUGUAACAUAUAUAUUUCUUAUACAUAAAUUAUAUAUAAAAACCACAAUUUCAUUAUUGUAUAAAUGUACAUUAUUCAACUUGA